AUGACACCAAAGCACUUUGCCCCAACUACUGGCUUCGUAGCUCGGUAUUGGGCAAGCUGCAACACUCCACCCGUCGCCGCACGGUAUCUGAAAGCCCCGUUCCAUCCAAUCCGGCCCAAAGUCGUCCAUUCUUGUGCGCAGCGUGACCCAAACACAUUGUGGUGGCGGGUAUCAACAACAAAAAUUACGACGACCAAGCGGGUGGUGCGCUCCUGGUGUGCACGUAGAGUGCGGCUGGCUUUUGAGCAGGCUUUAAAGCAGCAUGGGUUAGACAAGCUGGGGAAACCGCUUGUUUCGGAGUCUCCUUUGCAAAACAACAUUCUGAAAGGGACACUAGAAAUCUAUAUCCACCCGCCAUGUGUGACAGAAGACUUUGAGAGCAUCCAGAAGGGUGCAAAUGUGGUUGUCUCCGGGCUUCUGGCUCAUGGAUCAACACAGACAUCAACACAGACUGUCAAUGGGCCACAACCGAAAGUCAGACGCCAAAGAAAAGUGUCUGGGAAAGUCGAUGGAUCCUCUUGA